AUGAUUUUAAUUGAUACAAUUAUUUUUAAAAAUGGAUAUCAAUUUUGGUUUGAUACCCUAUCAACGGAAUAUGACCCAAGAUUAGAAAAUACCCUUACCCAAGAUGAAUUGUUUAAAAUUGUUACAGAAAUAAAUGAUAUAAUAAAAAAAAAUAAUAAAUGGGUAGUAGCAUGUUUAGCUUUAACUUUUAUUUUAGUGGUAACUAGUGUACCAUUAAUUAUUAAAGGGUUAUUGUUUUGGUGGUUAUUAUUAGUACUCUUUGGAAUAUUGUUUUUAUCAAUUCAAUGGUUUUUUCAAUUUCAAUUUAAAAGUGAAAAUACCUCACCAGAGGGUUUGACCAUAAUAUUAAAUGAAGAAUAUAAAAAUAGAUCAAUAACAUUCACUUGGAAAAAAAUUGUGUAUAGUAAAUUUGGGGGAAGUUUUUUUUUAUGUAUAACCCAUCCAAAAGUUUCAAUAGGUAAUGAAAGUAGUUCAAGUAAAAUCCAAUACUAUUUUUCAAAUAAACAUUUAUUAAACAAUAAUGAAAAUGAAAAAAUAUUAAAUGAUAUUACUUCAAGUUCAAAAUAUGGAAAUGAUGAAGAAAGUAAUGAAGAGGGGAUUCCUUUAUUGGCUUCAAAAAGUAUUUUAAAUUACAAAGAUCUUACAGUUUAA